AUGACAGAAAUAACGAAUGAAGAAAUAUCGUCCCGAAAGCCACGAAACCUUAAAACUACCUCCAACGAAGAUUCUGAACGUAUUGAGAAAAAAAUAACACCACUAAUACGGGACAAAAUCCAAGAAUGGAUUGAUGAAGAUUGUGGUAUGUCGCUGAAGAAGUUAACAGAAAGAAAACGAAGAAAUGUAGGAGAUAAUUUCACAGUGCGCAAAGAUUAUGUAAUAGAUCUGACUGCACUUCGUAAUAACGUAACCGAAAACUCUAUCGUAUUUGUUGACGAGGUUGGUUUUAAUGUGAGCAUGAGAGUAACGCGAGGUAGAUCUACUGUAGGAACAAGAGCUGUGAAAAUUGUGCCACAAAUUCGAUCUCGCAAUAUUUCAGUAGUAUGCGCAAUGAACAAAACAAGCAUUGUGCACUAUAAGACCCGUAAUAAGGCGAUAGAUAGAUCGUUUUUCAUGAUAUUCAUGGUAGAAUUGAAGGAGAAGUUGCGGUCUUUAUAUAUUAUGAAUUCGAUAAUUAUAAUGGACAACGUUCCGUUUCAUAAAUGUAUGGAAAUUAAAGAAUUGUUCGCUGAGGGGCCAGAUCGGAUCAAAUAUUUACCUCCCUACUCACCAUUUCUGACUCCGAUCGAGAAUCUGUUUAUUAAGUGACAGGAAAUAUGCAAACGAGCGAACCCAGAGACAGAGGAGGAGCUAAUGAAUGCUAUUGAACAUGGGAAGUCCCUUAUUACAUCUUCCGACUGCGAGAAUUAUUUUUUGCACAUGUACAGCUAUAUUCCACGAUGCUUAAGAGAAGAACGUAUAGAUAACUAG